AUGUCGGAUGUGAGGCGUGGACGGCGAAGCGUUGCUUCCAACGAUCGUCUAAGACGUUUCACACAACCCUAUCUCACGUCAGCACAUCAACUCCAACCAAAACUAGUCAAAACAGUUCUCGAACAAGUGGACAGUGUCUAUCGAAUGGUGCAAAAACUAAUUUUGGAUCAUCAGAGUGUUACGAGUGGCUUGUUUCCGAGAUACUCGAAAGACCUCAAUAUCGGUUAUGCGAAGGACAGUAUCUAUUGUGCACUAGCAUGUUGGGCAUGUUCAGUUGCUUACAAACGUCUUGAUGAUGAUCGCGGUCGUCAAACCGAACUACGUCAAUCGGCAGUGAAGGCAAUGCGUGGCAUUAUGUUUUCUUGGAUGCAGCAGUUGGGCGCUUUGGACGAAUUCAAAGACAAGAACUCACCAGAAUGCGCUCUGCAUUCACGUUUCGAUCUGCACACAGGAAUGGUACUGAAGUCACCAAAUGAUAGGCAUUUUGGUCAUCUACAAAUGGACUUGAUAGCGCUUUAUCUGCUGGCACUGGUGCAGAUGACUGCAGGCGGAGUUCAGAUAAUCUACACUCACGAUGAGGUGUGUUUCGUGCAGAAUCUCGUCUUCUAUAUUGAACGUACCUAUCGAACACCGGAUUAUGGUAUGUGGGAAAGAGGCACUCGUUACAACAUUGGUGAACGUGAACUGCAUGCAAGCAGUCUGGGUAUGGUCAAGGCUAGUUUUUGUCUUGAACAAUUUUUUUUUUUUAAACUUUUUGAAGAGACCAUCUCAAUUUGUGAGAUUUGUAUGAAGAUAUGUCUAAAUGAUUAUGCUGCUGCUCUAGAAGCGAUAAAUGGUUUUAAUGUGUAUGGGGCAUCAGGAACAAGUGCGUCGGUGAUCUAUGUGGACAUUGAUGGUCAUAACCGCAAUCGAACAACUUUUGAAACGAUUCUACCGAGGGAGAGUAACUCAAAGAAUACAGAUGCGGCGUUAUUGAUAGCGGUCGGAUGGCCAGCAUUCGGAACACACGAUCCGACGUUGUUCGAGAAGACGAUCAAAAAAUGUGUUCGUCGUUUGGAGGGUAAAUAUGGCAUGAAGAGAUUCUUCCGUGAUGGUUAUCACACAGAACUGGAAGAUGCCUCGAAGCCAUACUACGACGUGCACGAGACGUGUCGUUUUCAAGAUGUUGAAUGCCAGUUUCCGAUGUUCUUCGCGUUUAUGACGAUCACGUCGCAACUUCGUGGCGAUGAAGAGGCGGCCACGAAGUAUUGGGAAAAACUGAGGGAUCUGCUGGUUUCAACAGAGGACUGUAACCAUUUGGUAGUACCGGAAUGCUACAUAAUCGAAGAGGAGAACAUGUUUGAUGAACGUGAGAAACCGAACUCUCAAGAAUUCUAUGCGGCCAGUCCGAAUGAAUUCGGUCAUCAUCUCUGGUCAAAUGCCGUCUACAUUGUUGCGUUAUUGCUGAGAAAUAAAUUGGUGCAUGUGAGUGAUAUCGAUCCAAUCUAUCGUCAUUUGCCGGCGAGUCAGAGACCAUCGUAUCCGAAUCGUCAUUCUGCUUUUCAGGGCAGUAUGGAGGGUAAUCCGGUGGUGCAGGUGGCGCUUAUUGCCGAAUCGAGUCGUCUGCAGAUGAUGCUUUCGACCUAUGGUAUCAGCACUCAGACACCACACGAACUCGAACCGGUACAAAUAUGGCCGAGUUGGAAAAUGGUCAAGGUGUUUGAAUCGUUGGGAAAGAAUGACAAGCUGGGAUUGCGUGGACGACCACCGCGUCCAUUCGGUCCGUUGAAUACGAGUAAAAUAUUUAAAUUGUUUGGCGAUACGAUUCUUUGUUAUCCAUUGCUAUUCGAGGUGAAAGAUUUCUACAUAAACGCCGAUCCGAGUGUGUUGAUCAGUGAUAUUAAGUCAGAUCUUGAGUUCAUAUCGAAACGUUGGAAAUUGGCUGGUAGACCGACAUUUUGUUUGGUGCUGCGCGAAGAGAACGUGAGCGGUGAAUAUUUUAGUCACAUGUUGGACCUGUUGGUUUCGAUGAAGAAUGGCUUCGUGGAAGGUGUUCGUGUGCGUAUCGGCAGAGUUCACCAAUUGCUAACAACUGGAUGUACGGAACAUGUGGAUUUUGCGACGACAGAAGAGAGUGCAGCAGUUGAAGAGGACACAUUCGAGGAACUUGGUGGUAAAACAUCACAAAUGAUAUCGCGCAUAUCGUUGCGGGACGUUAUCGAAGAGGAUACGACCAGUAGAGAGGUAAGAUGUGAACGCAUUAAUUCAAUGCUAUUAUCGAAAUCACUUCCACGAGAAACACUGGCCAUUCGUAUGGAACGCGUUUAUCGACAAGCAUGUGCGUGGCGUUUGUGGUGGUUGGUUCGAUUCUGUGCGGCGAAAUUACGGAAAACAAUGAAUUCGUUGGCGCCUGGCAUAACGAAUAUGCUUGUUCGCGGUAAACAGGUAACACUGGGUGUGCGUGGCUGUCGUGAAGUGACCGUUUCAUCACCGGUGACGCCGGACGAGAUAACGGAUAUUUUGUUCAGUUCGUGCCCUGACAACGAACCACAAGCGGCUGUCUUCCAGCAAGAAUUGAUUAUCGCUUGUUCGAAUUUGAUUUGCAAAAAGCCAUACGCGUUCGAUGGAGUGCUGACGAUUCGUCUGUCGUGGCUUUCAGACGCUAUCUCACUGAUGCUCGACUAUCAACAUUCGGAUAGUAUUCGACAUGCGAAACGACACUCAUCCUCCACAACGCCAGUGCGUGCAUCACGAAUACCACACAAACCUGAAACAGAAUUGAGCACGAACGUCUAUGAUCUUUCACCGACGAAAGUCAAAGAGAUGGUUGCUGCACUGUUGACUCGGAAGAACUGGCAUUUGCUGACUCCACUUCAGUCACGACGUUUGAAUGGUUCACUGAAUCGUGUACCAACGAAUCUUUACGAUAGUGUUUGGAUGAUUUUGGAGCGUACCGCAGGUGGUUUAAUUAUUGCUGGACACUACUUACCGCAGCAACCAACAUUGAGCGAUAUGACGCAAUUUGAGUUGACGUUUGCCUAUAAGAUCGAAUCAAUGAUGAGCGUUAUAACGCAUCCAGAGUAUCGUCAAGUACUUGUUGAGUUGUUGUGUAUUGUGGCAGUGAUAUUGGAACGGAAUCACGAGUUGAUGUUCGCGGGUAAACUCGAUUGUGAUCGCUUGGUGAAGUCGGCGUUCUGUCGUUACUGCGAUGAUCACGGAAUUGAGGAACGUAACGAUAUGACGCCGUUCUAUCAGCUUGACGAUUCGGAUCUUACGACCAAUUCGACGGCAAAUUACCUUGCCCGAACUGUAAUUGAAGUGUUGCUGAGCGGAACGAUUAGUGGACGACGCAAGCUGAGCACAUUUAUGCCGUCCGACAAGCUGUCAACAGCGGAUCGCCCUGAUGAACAGAUCAAUUCUUGCGUGAUUUCGUGA